AAAAAAUGAAUAGAAUCUUAGAGGAUAUGAAAUGAGAUAAACCGGCCAUGAAAGCGGUGUAUUCUCUUCACCACUUUCCCCAACUUUACAAAACGUCUCAAUCAAACUCAAACAUUUUUCUCACCAAAAAGAAAUCCCUCAAAUUUUCAAAAUUAAUUUUGAGGGAUACUAUAAAAUUGCAGAGGUGAAUUGAAGGAGAGAUCCAAGAACUUUGUCGACAACAAGACAAGAAUCUCUACAUUUCACGUGACCCAUCUCAGUUUUUCUCCAUAAAUAUAAUUUUCACAGAUCAUCCAAAUCAGAGAAAGUGGUAUAUAUAUACUGUUUGCGCACACUGUGAUCUCAGCUCGCUCUCUUCUCAACUUGCUCCUAAUUCUCCUCGAGAAAUUCAUAUUUUUGGGGGCUAGGUUUGCCGCGAGGUUCCUCGGGAACAUGUCUUCCAGUAUUUUAGUCACCGGCGGCGCCGGCUACAUUGGCAGCCACACAGUGCUGCAGCUGCUGCUCGGCGGCUACAAGGUGGUUGUGGUGGAUAACUUGGACAAUUCGUCGGAAAUUGCGCUCAAGAGGGUUGAGGAACUCGCCGGGGAGCAGGGCUCCAAUCUCACUUUUCAUAAGAUAGAUCUUCGGGACAAGCCUGCGCUUGAGAAGCUUUUUGCUUCUCAAAAGUUUGAUGCUGUUAUUCACUUUGCUGGAUUAAAAGCAGUUGGAGAAAGUGUGCAAAAACCCUUGCUGUAUUAUGACAACAACCUUAUUGGUACAAUUGUUCUGCUGGAGGUCAUGGCUGCCCAUGGAUGUAAAAGGCUAGUCUUUUCGUCCUCUGCUACUGUGUACGGUUCACCAAAAACUGUCCCAUGCACAGAGGAGUUUCCCAUUAGUGCUCUGAAUCCUUAUGGAAGGACAAAGCUUUUCAUCGAAGAGAUAUGCCGUGAUCUUUACCAGUCAGACCCCACGUGGAAGAUCAUUUUACUAAGGUACUUUAACCCGGUUGGUGCACAUCCUAGUGGCUAUAUUGGCGAAGAUCCUAGAGGAACCCCAAACAACCUUAUGCCCUUUGUGCAACAAGUAGCUGUUGGAAGGCGAAAGAAGCUUACAAUUUAUGGAACUGACUACGCGACAAAGGAUGGAACAGGAGUGCGCGAUUAUAUCCAUGUCGUGGAUCUAGCAGAUGGCCAUAUUGCAGCUUUGAACAAGCUCUCUGAUCCUUCUGUAGGGUGUGAGGUGUACAAUCUUGGGACAGGGAAGGGUACAUCCGUAUUGGAAAUGGUAGCAUCGUUUGAGAAAGCAUCUGGGAAGAAACUUGAUUGCGAGAAGGCUGAACGACGACCUGGUGAUGCUGAGGUUGUGUAUGCCGAGACAGACAAAGCUGAGAGGGAGUUGAAGUGGAAGGCGAAAUACAAGAUCGACGAGAUGUGCAGGGACCAGUGGAAUUGGGCUAGCAAGAACCCAUAUGGCUAUGAACCUGCCCAGUGAAGUUGUGUAUUGUAAUAGGUGGCUUUUGUUGUACCAUUAAUCUCCGGCACAGUGAGUGUUAUUAUCAAUUUAUGAGAGUGGGAAUGGUGUAUGUUUUCAAACUCAAAUACAAUCUAAACUUAAUAAAAUGCUGGACAUUUUCGCUUUUUUCUCA